UACUCUUUUUACCGUAACUGGGCGUCGACGUGGCUAGCCAUCUGUAUAGUAAGCCAUCAUGAUCUCCAACUAGAAAUCCCAAUCCUAUCAGUCUAUAGCCGCAUCAUGCGGCAGUAGUGCAGUGUGCUUGCAUCUUUGUUAGUGUCUCUCAACGUCGGCGAAUUGUUUCAGAGAAUCCGUGUCUAAAACACGAAAUUCUUUUAGUUUUUGCAGUCGGGUUAGAAUGUUGUGCUUAUCGCGAUAUGGCCGAUUCCGUUGUAGUACAGUCCUCAGACGUGAGUCAACCGUCGUCUGAUGCCAACGCUCUUCAGAAAAAGGAAAUAGAUAUUCCUCACAACGAAGAGCAGGAAUUCCAAUCCCUUGAGUAUGAAGAAGACUGUUUCUACACGCUGCUGUCGAAGACAGAGACGCCUAGCUUCGAUCCAGAAGACCCGAACUGGAAUGAUGACAAUGACUGCCUGUUUGUGAUUGUCGAAGAGGAGUUCGAUGAGCCCUCCUCCUUAGAUCUUGAAGACAUCAACUUUACUGACUUGCAAAUUACAAACGUUAAAACCAGUAAUAACAAAUUCAUUCGUGGUAUCCGAGUCAAGUUUCAAGACUUAUCAAAACCAUAUUUGGCUCGAAUCGUCAAUGCCAAAAAGUAUUACAGGUUCCUACAUCUAAGGAAAGGAAAGGAGCCAGCAUCGGACAUGUCACCCGAUUCUGGCAUCAACGAGCUGGCAGGCCUUAGUGCUGAGGAGCAGGAAAAGCAGAAACAGGAAUGGGAAAUGGAGCUAGCCAAGGUUGAAGAGGAGAUGUCAGCGCUGAGACAAGUGCUAGCCGUCAAAGUGAAACGAUCUCAGGAGCUGAAACGCAAGCUGGGUUUCAGUGUGUGGAAAGAGUUCCAGGAUGAUUUAACUCUUGGCGUCAAAAAUGUCAAAGAGUCCAAUGUUUACCAAAAUGUCGAAGAAAAGUUUGGUCAGUUUGGAAAAGCAGUUACCGAAGCCCCCAUCUAUCAGAAAACCGAAUCUAUAGUGAAAACUACAGCUGAAAAGACUACAUCUCUACUUGGAGGACUUGGCUCUGGCUUGACUUCCAAGUUGGGUCAACUUAAGAAUUCCGAAUCAUUCCGUUCCUUUGAGGAGAAGAUGGGAUCAGCUUAUGAAAAUGUCAAGACCAAAGUGUCAACUUCACGCUCAAACUCGAUGCAGAGCUUUGACGACGCUGUCCGUGAGGAAACAAACCGCAAAUCUGGAAUAUCUCCAGCCACAACACCAACUAUCAAUGAAGAGCAAGCCUCUUAAUUUCAAUUAAUCAAUGAUUAUUCGCUUACUUCAAACACUAAUUGAGUUAGUAUAUCAUGAGUGGGCUCUAAUUUUCUGAAGAAAAUUUGCCAGUUUUAUCGAUGAACAUCGAAUCACUUCAAAUGCACUAUUUAUGCAUAAAUAGCAUUAGUUAUUGAAACACGUUCGUGUAUGUUGGAGCCCGUUCAUUCUCAUAAAUUUACAAAAAAUAAAUAUAAUAAUAUUGAAACUUAAUUCUUAUUAUGAAAGAUAUGCUAUUCUAGGUGAAAAUCUCAUAGACUGUUGAACAUUUGUUGGAUUGUUGAAAAAUGCUAGUGUGUGUGUGUGUGAAUUAAUUUAUUACUUAGAUUAUUAUCAAUUCAAAUAAUUCUUUUAGAUUUUUAAAUUUAAAUAUUUGGAUUCAUUAUUAUUAAUUAUUGACUCAAUUUCUUCUAAUCCAAGUAAAUUAAUGGAAUAUUUGUUAUUAGGCAUUCUGUUGAAUGUCGUUACGGUUAGCACUGACGUUUCAUUUAUCUGAGCAUUACAACUAUUAUCUUGGUGUCCGAAAAUGUUCAACAUUCAAGAAUACCAUAUAUAUUUUUUAAAUACAUUCCAUGUAAAAAGGAUCCACUUUGUAAAUAAAUGAAGUAAGCAAUCGAUGAACUAGAACUGGAGGAAGAAAGAAUGAGUUUGUAUAUACAAAGUUGUAUCAUUGUAUAAGGAGUGGUACGGUAUUUCUUUCUGUAAAAUUCAAAAAAACCUUUUCAACGUUGAAGUUUCCAAAACUUUUAUUGCUUAAAAAAUUAGUGAAGUACUCUUAAAUUUGCUUUGAGCUUUUCCAAUUCUCAGUAUUAGAUUCAUAAUUUUUUUCCAUUCCGGAAUAGUUGGCAAGUGGACAAUUCUGCUUGUCCAGUGCAAUGGUAAAAUCUUUGAAUGAAUGUUGUAUAUAUUAGCGACAUUUUAAACUGUCUGUGUAUUUGUUUGUGGCAUAUAUUUAUAAAUAUAUUUUUUUGUGCAAUAAUAUAA